AUGAAUACAAACCUUCCUCAUCUUGUUUAUGACAAUAUGAAAGUGCAACAACUAAGUGACAUAACACUUCCAGAAAGCCUUCAACCUUAUGAAGACGCUGCAACAUUUAUUUGGAGCCAACUUGAUGAAGAAACAGAAAUAAAAUUAAUUGAAUUGAUUGAUAACAAAAAAGUUUCAUUGGAUUUCGUAUUAAAAACGAUUUAUCGUGCAAGCACAAAGAAUCCAAAGCAUGUGAAUCUCCUUUCAGAUCUUUAUUCCAAGAUUUCCAUUAGAUAUGAUUCACCAAUUAUUUGGACACCUCCUUUAGUUCCACCAGAAAACAGAUCUAAAAAAAUAUAUGAAGAUGAUCAAUUAUUCAACCUAGUUGCCUAUGAUAGACUUGAAGAAUUCAAAGAGUUUAUUUCAAAAUCUCCUUUUGAUGUCAAUCAGACAAACAUCGAUUUAUCACUCAUCGAAUGUGCAUGCAAAUAUGGAUCUGUUGAUAUCUUUAGAUACUUAUUGAUGAAUGGAGGCAAAAUAGAUGAUACUCUUCCUAAGUAUGCUGUUGAAGGAGGUUCUUCUGAAAUCAUUUCUCUCCUUAGACAAAAAGAUUGUAAAUUUGGUGACUGUAUAAGAAUCGCUGUUAUCAAUCAUCAUAACGACAUUGUUGAUUGGAUCAUCACUCAUUAUGAUUUCACUGCUUUAACAGUUGCAGAAUGCUUGAUGUGA